AUGUUCACCACGUGGGAAAUGGUAUUCUUGCUGGCCGUCCUGUCCGCCACGGCGUCCGGCUACUUCGUUAGCAUCGACGCCCAAGCCGACGAGUGCUUCUAUGAGCGGGUCAACUCCGGCACAAAGAUGGGCCUAAUGUUCGAGGUCGCCGAGGGAGGCUUCUUGGAUAUCGAUGUGGAGAUAACCGGUCCCGACGGCAAGCAGAUCUAUAAAGGCGACCGGGAGUCGAGUGGCAAGUACUCGGUGGCAGCCCACAUGGACGGCACCUACAAGUUCUGCUUCAGCAACAAAAUGUCCACUAUGACGCCCAAGAUCGUCAUGUUCACCAUUGACAUUGGCGAGGCGCCCAAAGGCCAGGACAUGGAGACGGAAGCGCAUCAAAACAAGCUGGAGGAGAUGAUCAACGAGCUGGCAGUGGCCAUGACGGCAGUCAAGCACGAGCAGGAAUACAUGGAGGUCCGCGAGAGGAUACACAGAGCCAUCAAUGACAACACGAAUAGCCGAGUGGUGCUGUGGUCCUUCUUCGAGGCCCUCGUCCUGGUGGCCAUGACGCUGGGACAAAUUUAUUACCUGAAGAGGUUUUUCGAAGUGCGGCGGGUGGUGUAGCGGCACGGCGGCGCGAACAUUCGUCCUCCUUGAGACAAUUCUUUACACUCUGCAAAGCAGACUGGCAAUUUUCACCACUUCAGAUUUUCUUUGUUAGGUUGUACAAAACGGCUGCAAGAUUAAGGUGGUUCACUUUUUAUUUUGUUUUUUUUUUUUUUGGUUUUGUCUUAUUUAAAAGGUUGUCAUCCCACCUCCAAUGUGGUUACAUUAAUUUGCCAGUACUGUUUUGUGACAUCAACUGAGCAUUUUAAAUCAGACAGAAGGUGCUGGGAAUGAAAGCUUUGAGAGUUUUGGAGUUGACGUGUGGUGAUUUGAUCUGCUCUGUGGCUGCUUUAAGGGUGUUAUAAAAGGUCAAACGGUCCUUUUCAAUUGGCAAUUUUUCUAGAAUAUAGUUGAAUCGGGGGGUGGGGGGGUUGCGGCAUGGUGGGGGGGUAUCCUGAUCUACUGACUGCUGUGUGCUUUUUUUUUUUCUUUUUGGGGUGGCUUAAUAUGUUGGGAGGAUUUUAAAUUGUACUUAUGUUGAUAUGAAUUUGGACUCUGUUGUUUUGGAGCAUUUUCGCUGAGACGAAGUAUUUGGAUGUCAUCUUUGUUGCGCUCUACUCAACAUCCUGUUUUUGUUGGUGUUCUUUCAACUCUUUUGCAAAACUUCCAAAGUCGCCGUUAGUCUCUUCACGGCGGCUGCGUCCUGUGCGUCGCAUCUCAACUGGAAAUGCUCCCAGUUUUUUGUAUUCCCAAAAAAUAAAAAAAUAAAAACAACCUCUGUUGUUUGCUCAGGCAGAAAAACUCCUCUGCACUCAGUCUCCCCUUUUCAGACUCCGACACUGAUGCAUCCAUCUGUACAAAUGUAGAAUGGUUGUUGAAAAUAAGCCCCAGGUUUCAUAAUAAAGAAAUUCUAAACCAUGA